AUGAUGAAGCUGGAAUGCGUACCUGAUCGUGCCAGGCGCAUCGGCCACCAAGCUUGCAGCUCCAGGGGGAGCUCCAGGAGCUCCACUGCCGACUUCAUCGCAUCGUUCUGCACGCAGCUCAGAGCAAACAGCAACAGCUCGCCUCAAGCAAAACACACCACCACCACCCAACACCCUAAUUACCCCGCCAAGAUGUUCCGCUUUCACAAGACUCUCGACAUCGUCACCCUCUUCCACAAGGCGAGCUCGCCCGCCUCCGUGAGGGCCGCCAACAUCCUCAAGCAGGUCUCCGCCAAUGCCACCGCCGGCGCGACCGAGGACCAGGCCAGCGACCACAGCGUCCAGACGAACCCCAAGAAGUCCCGCGCCGAGUUCGAGCUGAACAUCACCGAGGACAACCCCACCGCCGACCAGGUCAAGACCAUCCUGGAGUACGUCGGAAAGAGCAGGGUGUCGUCCAUCAUCAAGGGCGCCUCAACCGAGCAGGAGGCCCUGAAGAAGUUCCAGCAGAGCGCCGAGAACUUCCAACGACCUGUGAUCGUCGAUUGGAACAAUGGCAAGGCAGUCGCUGGCGACAACGAAUCUGAGAUCCUUAAGAUGCUCAACGCCCUGAACGAGAGCAAGAGCUGA